AUGGCGACGUCACCAUGCCGCGCGUCCCUCGUCUUCCUCCUCCUCGUGCUGCUCGUGCACUGGCACGGCGCGACCGCCGCCGACGAGAGGCACCUUCUCAUCCAUAUCCAGCACGUGUGGGGCGACCCGCCGGUGCUCGCGGCGUGGAACAACGGCUCGGGCUCGGGCGACCACUGCUCCUGGCCCUACGUGACCUGUGACGCUCCGUCCGGGCGCGUCGUGAGACUCUCCCUCGGCAACACCAACAUCAGGGGGCCCUUCCCAGAAGCCAUCGGCGGCCUCUCCGGCCUCACAAGCCUCAACCUCUCCUACACCAACAUCACAGGCGCCUUCCCGACUAGCGUGUACCGAUGCCCUUCUCUGCGGCACCUCGAUCUGUCCGAAACCUACCUCGGCGGCGAGCUCCCCGCCCGCAUCGGCCACGCGCUCGGGGAGAACCUUACCUCUCUGAUGCUCAACGGCAAUUACUUCACCGGUACCAUCCCCACCUCCUUGUCCCGGUUACGGAACCUGCAGUCGCUGGCGCUGGACAACAACUAUCUCACCGGCACCAUACCGGCAGAGCUUGGUGGCCUGAUGGGCCUCGAGAUGCUUUGGCUCGCGAACAACUCGUUCAGCACCGGUGAGCUUCCGGCGUCGUUCAAGAGCCUGACCAGGCUGAAAUCUUUCUGGGCGGCAAAUUGCAACCUCACCGGCGACUUCCCGGGCUAUGUGACGGAGAUGCCGGAGUUGGAGGUGCUCGACCUCUCCGUCAACCACUUGACCGGAAGUAUACCUCCGGGCAUCUGGAACCUCACCAAGUUGAGACUUCUAGCUAUAUAUGCAAACAACCUCACCGGAGAGGUCGUCGUCGAUGGUGAUUUCGGCGCGCUGAAUUUGGUUAUGAUCGACCUGUCGACGAAUCAGAGGCUAAGUGGGCCGAUUCCGGAAGUCUUCGGUCACUUGCCGAAGCUGCAAAAACUGAGCUUGUUUAACAGCAGCUUCUCGGGUGAGAUUCCGGCGAGCUUGAGUAAGCUGCCAUCGCCGGCGGAGAUUCGGCUGUACUCCUCCGUAACCUCAUGGUCCACAUGCGCGUGUGCCUAA